AUGUUUAAUGGACGGACGGAGACAGAUGUGGAAGAUGAGGGAGGUGGCGGUGGUGUUCGUUAUCGGCAUUCUUGUUUUGGGGCGAGCUCCAUCAAUGGCGCCACAGAUCCGUCUGAUGCUUCAGCUCUCUCGGUCAUGUUUACCGCACUAAAUUCACCAUCUCAGUUAACCAAAUGGAGUGCAAACCCUGGUGAUCCAUGUGUGGAGUCUUGGAAAGGCAUUACGUGCUCAGGCAACAGAGUCACAGAAAUAAAAUUGUCUGGUCUUGGACUUAGUGGGUCUUUGGGAUAUCAGCUUCAGAGUUUAACAGCAGUAUUUGCAAAACAACAAGUUCACGGGAACAUUGAUGUCCUUGCUAAUCUUCCCCUUAAAAUUCUGAAGGGAGGUAACUCAUGGAGCUCAGGCCCUGCACCCCCACCUCCACCUGGCACUCCUCAGCUAACAGGGCCAACCGAAACCACAAGUCUAGGAGGUGGAGCUAUCGCUGGAAUAGUAAUAUCAAUUUUAGUUGUCGGAGCAGUUGUAGCUUUCUUUAUUGUAAAGAGAAGGUCGAAAAGGUCAUCCGCAGAUAUAGAGAAUCUUGGCAAUCAGCCUUUUUCUCCUCUUGGUGCUAAUGAGGUGCAAGACCUCCACCUCUUGAACGACACAAAUCAUUUGAUGAAGAUGAUUUCUCAAAGAAACCUGUCGUUACCAAGAAGGCCCUAUACAACUCCAAUAAAAUGCUAUAUCAUAUUCAAUAGCAGAUCUGCAGAUGGCUACAGACAGCGAGGGGGUCCAAUUGGACGUGUCUAUCGGGCUCAGUUUGAUGAUGGAAAGGUCGUUGCUGUGAAGAAAAUAAACUCAUCUGCUCUUCCAAAUCACUUGUCUGAAGAUUUUGUGGAUAUAGUUUCAGACAUCUCUCGAUUGCAUCACCCAAAUAUAACUGAGCUGGUUGAGCAUGGACAGCAUCUCCUGGUUUACGAAUUCCAUAAACAAGGUUCUCUACAUGAGUACUUGCAUCUCAAAGAUGAAUAUAGUGAGCCAUUAACAUGGAACAGCCGUGUCAAGAUUGCCUUAGGAACUGCACGUGCUUUAGAGUAUUUGCAUGAAGUUUGUUCACCAUCAGUUGUUCAUAAAAAUAUCAAAUCUGCCAACAUACUGUUAGACAUGGAGAUGAAUCCUCACUUGUCAGACUCUGGAUUAGCAAGCUUCAUCUCAGAUGCAGAUCAGGCACUGAACCAUAACGCUGGGUCUGGCUACAGUGCUCCUGAGGUUGCCAUGUCCGGUCAAUAUAACAUGAAGAGUGAUGUCUAUAGUUUUGGAGUGGUCAUGUUGGAACUUCUAACUGGGCGAAAACCAUUUGAUAGUUCUAGACCCAGAACUGAGCAGUCAUUGGUUCGAUGGGCCACACCUCAGCUCCAUGACAUUGAUGCUUUGUCUAAGAUGGUUGAUCCAGGACUUAAAGGGCUGUACCCAAUUAAAUCUCUUUCACGGUUUGCUGAUGUCAUUGCUCUUUGCGUGCAGCCUGAGCCCGAAUUUCGCCCGCCUAUGUCAGAAGUGGUUCAGGCAUUGGUUACACUCGUUCAACGAGCAAACAUGAGUAAGAGAACAGUUGGAAAUGAGCAAGGAGAACCCAGAAAAACUGACAACUGUGAUACAAACCAUGAUUAUAUGUAUUAG